AGUAAAACGAGUCAAUUCCAUCCCCGCUAUGUUUAUAUUCUGAAAACAAAUUAUUUCAUCCUGGCCGCACCCCUUACCUGCGAUGCAAUCGCACAAUCUGGAGUCUUCAAUGCUGCAGUUAAGUUAUCUCAAGUUAUAGUUGUAGUUGUGGUCAGGUCUUUUCAGGCGCCAACCCGUCACGCAUAAUUGCUGUUCACUUCGUUCGCCACAUUGUCAAUCACUAUUACCAUCACCACACAGGUAUUAUCUAUUCCGAAACGCAAACGUCUCCGAACCGAUGCCCUAAGCCGAUGCGUCACCAGGGAAGCGGAACAAAUCUUUCCUGAGGGACCCAUUUGUCAUUUUGUCAUCCCGCCAGCCCUCCAUUUCACUCUGCCUUCUCACGUCCCGGACACCUCUAUACUGGAUCUAUACCUGUGAAAACUCAGAUCAGUCGUAAUGGAUCUUGGACAACCGGCCUAACCGCAAGUCUGAAUUAGAAUCUAGCCUCCAAUCCGCAUAUAUAAGAAGGGACACGAAUGUCCAAGUGUCUCUCAACCUAUUCUAGCAAUCUCGCUCAUCUCUUUGCUCUCGUCUUUCCUUGCUUUCGUCUCUCUCCACUAAUCUUCCUCAACUCUACCCCUCUAGAUUAAUAUCAUACUUCAGAUGUCGACCAUCUCUGCACCCAGCACGUCCACCUACCCCUCCAAGAUCAUCAUUCCAGACCUCGUAUCUCACUGUACUUUCCCGAUUCGUAUCAGUCGUCACCACAAAGAAGCCUCCAAAGAAUCGAAGCAGUGGCUCUUUAUCGGAGACAACUCGAAUGAAAAGACGCGUAGAGCCUUUCAUGGUCUGAAAGCUGGGAAGCUUACGUCCAUGUGUUACCCUGAUGCCGGAUACCCACAGCUUCUAGUAUGCUGCGAGUUCAUGAACUAUUUGUUCCAUCUCGACAACCUGUCUGAUGAUAUGGACAAUCGGGGCACGCGAACAGUCGCCGAUGUCGUCCUCAACUCGUUAUAUCACCCUCAUACUUACCAGGCCAAGACCCGAAUCAGCAAAAUGACCAAAGAUUACUACCGACGCAUGAUUCAGACGGCAUCAGCAGGUGCUCAGCAGCGAUUUAUUGAAACGUUCGACCAAUUCUUCCAAGCUGUCCACCAGCAGUCUAUCGACCGUGCUAACGGCGUCAUCCCUGAUCUUGAAUCGUACAUCGAACAACGUCGCGACACCAGUGGUUGCAAACCCUGCUGGGCUCUCAUUGAAUACGCCAACAACCUCGACAUCCCAGAAGAAGUUAUGGACCACCCUACCAUCCGCAGUUUAGGUGAGGCCGCCAACGAUCUCGUAACAUGGUCUAACGACAUCUUCUCUUUCAACGUCGAGCAGAGUAAAGGAGACACUCACAACAUGAUCGUCGUCGUCAUGAAUGAGCAAGGCCUUGACCUCCAAUCUUCCGUCGACUUUGUCGGUGACCUCUGCAAACAGUCGAUCGACCGCUUCAACGACGACAGGGACAACCUGCCUUCAUGGGGCCCAGAGAUUGACAGAGAAGUUGCCAUCUACGUCGACGGACUAGCCAACUGGAUAGUCGGCAGUCUCCAUUGGUCUUUCGAAUCUGAAAGAUACUUUGGCAAAUCAGGUCUCGACGUGAAAAAGAACAGAAUAAUCAACCUCCUGCCUCGUCGAGUUUGAGCCAGUCUGUAACCCCUUAUAUUUUUAUACUCUUUUUAAUUUACCGCUGGUCGGCGCCCCUCUUCGUAAUUGAGGGCCACCACACAGGAAACUUGCAAAAUACUGUAGAGCUAUUAUGCCUCUCACCAUUCGUAUAUUUCCACCACUCUCGUUAGGACACUAUGUUAUGCUCUACUUAUGGUUUUUCUUAAAAUUGCCAAUUACGCUCAUUUGUUUAUAUUAUAACGUACUGGCUACCACAUAAUUUCUUUACCUUAGUUGCUUUCUUGAUUUCAAGCUGGGCACCUAUUGUAAUGCGAUGCUACAUAUCCGCCUAUUCCUUUACUGUAGCUGUUUCCCUGAUAUCUCGAUUUAAAGCUACUACUGCACUGCAAAUUUAUAUAUCUACCUUACCUACUCUUAAUAUCUUGAUUAAAGACACUGCUGUAUUUCAAUCCCCUCGUUGAUUCAAAUCAUAACUCAUAUCUGAAACAGUGA